CAGUUCAUUGAUAUACAGAACAUUGUUCAGUCUACAUCAAUUUUGAAUUGUGAAUAUUCGGUAAAGAUUAUUGUGAUAAAAAUGGAAACCCAAAGCGAGUUUACUGAGGAACAGAACCAAGACCAACCCACCCAGGACCAACCUACCUACCAGCCGCGUCUGAACGAGGUGGCCCAAAAGUUUCUCGCCGAUUUGGACGAGGAGCGCAAGCGAUUGUCCGCGGAGUUUCCACUUUGCGCUCUGCUAAUCGACGAAUCUGUGGACCGUGUCUUCUCCACUGGUCGUAUUCCCGGCAAAGAGUUCUACGCAGACGUGUACCACCAGAGGCCGAUGAAGAUUACCCAAAAGGUCUUCGUGCCCGUUAAUAAGUUUCCCAAGUUCAACUUCGCUCGGAAGAUCCUGGGGCCCAAGGGGAACUCGGUGCGUCGCCUAAAGGAGGAGACCAACUGCAAGAUUGUCAUCAAGGGUCGCAGCUCGAUGCGCGAUCGUAACAAAGAGGAGGAGCUGCGCAGCUCAGGCGACCCGAGAUAUGCCCAUCUUCACAAGGAUCUCUUUUUGGAGGUCAGCGCGGUGGCCCCUCCGGCGGAGUGCUAUGCACGGAUAGCCUACGCCCUGGCCGAGAUCCGUAAGUACCUCAUUCCAGACGACAACGACGAUGUUUGGCACGAGCAGCAGCGCGAGCUGAUGGAAAUGAAUCCCGAGUCGGCCAAGAAAAGUAACGGACUCAAUAUGGCGCCCUACAGAUCGAUCUUCGACAAGACGAUUGGAGGCAACAGGAAUGGGGCUCCCAAGUACAACAACCAGAUUAGGCGAGUUACGGAAAAUCCGCGCGAAGUCGCCGAUAUGGAGGAGGUGGAAUAUGAUUAUGAUGAACAUCGUAUGCCCCCCAGUCGUCCGUCUUUGGGCUUUGAGUAUAGCAAACCACCUCCAUCAAUGACAGCGACAAACGCUACGCCAUUUAAACGUGCAUAUCCGUAUCCGACUGACAUGAAUCGUACGCGCGAACCGCCCAUCAAGUCAUAUAAGCCCAAUCCGUAUACAAUACUUAACAAAUAUAUAAAUAAUAGAGCGCCAAGUGAUUUCGUCGCACAACGCUAUAAUUGAAAACAAAGGACAAUGCUUACGUUGUAAAAUCCAUGCCGGGGAACUCAUGGAAAAGAAGAAAGCAGCAUUCAAAAUGAUGCUAUCAAUGAAUAAAUUUUAAAAAAAGCACUUGCGCUGACAAUCCUACAAGCAAUAUUAAUUUGAAUUUUUUAUUGGCCUGGAUUCGUAAUUUUCUAUGAAUGUAAAAAACUAAUAAAAUAAAAUGCAUUGCAUGAAUUUGAAAAAUUCUUUGAAAUUAGAUCUAACUAUAACCGAUUUGUUUACACAAUACCAUUAAAAUGAAGUUAUAAAUCUAAGAAAUAAAUCCAAUUUCUACCGACAUUCCAAAAAAUAUUGAAAAUUCUCGUUCUCGCUUUGUUUGUUGUUUCUCUCGAAUUCAGAACGAGCUAAGAUUUUAUUAUCUUGGUAGAUGAUCAAUAAAACCAAUGUAUUAAUUUAUUUGAGUAUCGAUAUAUAUCUAUACAUACAAAUUGCAAUUACAUACAAUAGCCACAUAUUUUUGAUUUACUUUCUCUUGGUCAAGCGCAGCUUCAACGGCUCCUUGGUCACUAAAACAGGGGCGGCAUCGAAACGGAACUCCACCUCCUUGCGUGGAGAUUGAACCAGAUCAAAAUUGGCCAAAAUCUUAGCCACCGCCACCUUGGAGUUGACUUUUCCCAUGCGAAGAGCUUGGGGCAAAGAAUUAAGAGAACAGGAUCAGGAAGAAGACAAGACCACUGGUACAAAACACAUCCUUACCUAUGCAGUGCCUAGGACCCUCUCCAAAAGGCAUAUAAGCUGCCUGAUCGUAGUUCAUGUUAUUUGAAUCGAAGCGAUGGGGAUCGUAGCCAUUGGGAUUGGGAAAAUAGACGGGAUCACGCUGCAUGCCAAAGAGCGAGAUCAGAAUGGGUGUUCCCUUGGCUAUGAUGUGAUUAGUUCCAGGUACGGGAUAAUCUUCGGUGCACUCUCGAUUGAGGAAUGGUAGCCCGGGGUAUUUGCGAAUGGUUUCUGCAAAAAUACGUUUAACUAAGGAUCGUUGAAACUGAAUGCUAUGUGAAACCCACCCAUGAUGCAGAUGUCCAGAAACUUUAAGUCCUGCACCGCCUCGUAGGUGAACCUAUCCUUGGGCUUCAGAUUGUGCUUCAUCAGCACAGCAUCCACUUCUUCUUGCGCCUCCUUCAGCAGUUCCGGAUACAUGGACAGCUCGUAGAGAGUGAAGGCAGACGCCGCAGCUGUGGAUUCCGAGCCCGCCACGUAGAACAGGAAUGCCUGGGCGGCAAUCUUCUCGAUCGACAUAGACUUCAGCUGCUCCUGUGCGGUUUCCAUGUCCCACACCUGGUCGUCGUCCUCGCCAAUCUUGCCCGUAUUUCGGAGGCGGAUCAGCAGCUGCAGCAUGUCCUUUCGCACCACGUUGUGCUCCUCCCGGAACUCGAUUGUGCG